AUGAAGCUCUCCAACCCCGGAACCGUUCCCGUGUACACCAUCUCCGGCGCAUCUACAUCCCGACCUCUUCCAGAUUGGCUGGCACGCAGGCGGAAGCGAAGUCUGAAAAACGACCCCGAGUAUCAGAACCGGGUCGAGCUGCUUCAAGAUUUCGAGUUUGAAGAAGCUAGCAAUUGCAUUCGAGUCAGUGAAGAUGGUGAUUGGGUCAUGAGCACUGGCACCUACAAGCCGCAAAUGCAUGUGCACAACCUGCCACAGCUCGCCCUCUCUUUUACCCGCCAUACGAAUUCCUUGAAUCACGCGUUUGUGUUGCUCUCUUCCGACUACUCUAAAUCACUUCACCUUCAAAACGACCGGAGACUCGAGUUCCACACCCCAAUGGGUCGUCACUAUGAAGUGCGAAUCCCCAGAUAUGGACGAGACCUCCUGUAUGACCGUCAUUCGACGGAGGCGCUGGUGCCCGCUGUCGGGUUGGAUGCGGAUGGUAAGGGCGAAGUGUUCCGCAUGAAUCUCGAACAAGGACGUUUCAUGAAAUCCUAUCAGAUUGAGGUUGGGGGCGACGACGAACUUACGGGAGGAGGGUUGCAAGGCGGGAUUGGCGUUGGCAGUGUCAAUGUUGCUGCUAACGCGGAAAACACUCACAACCUCAUGGCCUUUGGGACAUCCAUCGGAACUGUUGAAUUCUGGGAUCCGCGAUCGAAAUCUCGAGUCGCGUUGCUGGAAGGACACGAUGGCCAGGUUACAGCCCUCAACUUUGGCAGCUCUGGCUUGUCGUUGGCGACCGGAUCUUCAACCGGCAUCAUCCAGCUUUUUGAUCUGCGACGUCCGGUGUCUCUGCUCAGGAAAGACCAAGGAUAUGGCUUUCCAGUCAAGAAGCUCAUUCACAUGACCACAUCUUCCCAAGAAAGAAAGAUCAUGUCGGCCGAUAAGCGCACCAUCAAGUUAUGGGAUGAGGCAACUGGAGACCCCUGGACAUCUGUCGAACCCGUCGUCGACAUCAACGACGUUGCCUGGUGCGAGAACACUGGUAUGCUACUCACUGCGAAUGAAGGCAAGCACCAACAUGCCUUUUUCAUUCCGCAACUUGGCCCAGCUCCGAGAUGGUGCUCUUUCCUAGACAGUAUGGUGGAGGAGAUGGCCGAGGAGGUCCACGCCGAAACGUACGAUAACUACAAGUUCCUGACCCUGCCGGAGCUCAAGCAGCUGAGCUUGGCACACCUGGUUGGCAAGACAAACCUGUUCCGACCAUACAUGCACGGAUACUUUGUCGCAUCCAAACUGUACGAGCAGGCCAAGUUGAUCGCCAAUCCAUACGCUUGGGAGGAAGAACGAGUGAAGCGCAUCAAGGACAAGAUUGAGAAGGAACGCUCCAGCAGAAUCCGUAGCAGGAAGAAGGUCAAGGUCAACCAGAAGCUGGCAGACAAGAUCCUCAAGAAGCAGGAGAACAGGGACAAGGUUGACACUGAAGCGGGCGUCCUUGGCGAUGAUCGCUUCGCCCAAUUAUUCGAGGAUGAAGAGUUCGUGGUCGACGAAAUGAGCAAAGAGUUCCAACUACUCAACCCUAGCACCAAAGUUGAGCAACCUGCAGAUUCCAGAGCUCCUACCCGCUACCAAGCCAAGGACUCUGAUGAUGAUUCCAGUGACACGGACGAUGACGUACCAACUACGACCCGGCUCAGGGAUAACAUGACAAUGCGGGUAACGUCUACGCAAAAUCAAGGCCAGCAAGCUCGGGACACUGCGUUGGGUUCGCGGCGACAAAAACGGGGUCGCACUGAUAAGGCGCAUGGUGUCGAUGUGGGCGGCGAACGUCAGGUAACAUUUGUUCCUACAUCAAAGAAGAGAAACCAACAAGACGAACCGGGCUCGACGCCUCGACAACAACAAAGGGCGGGGCGACGAAGCGCCAGCUCCAACACAUUCAGAAGAAUGUGA